UUUAUAGUUCAAAACAAAACUUCAAAAGAAAAGGGUGAUUUAUAGGUUAAAAUAGCCGCCACAAACAGAUUUAUUAUGAGUACUUAAACAAAAUACUGCUAUCAAUGCAGAUUGGAUUUCUAAAUAAAAAUAACGCAUAGUCCAUAGUAUGCAAAAAUGGUGAAUUGUAGAAGUAACGAGAGGAGUCUAUUGUGAUAUAUUUACAAUUCAAGUGCUGCUUUGAAAAGCAAAUAGUAUUAUAAAAUAAAAUCCUCUCAUAUUGAAUCUAGUUGCAAAAGCAUUUAGAUAUUUAUAGAUUCAUAUUCUGAAAUGUCUCGAGAUGAAUGCAGAAAAUAUUUACGCUUUUUAGAAUUAGAUGCUUAUGCAAAAAUGGUAUCAGCUCUAAGAGCUCAGGGUCCAUUAACCGAAGGAAAACAAAAAUUGUUAGGUGACCUAGCUACUGCUCUUCAUAUAUCCAAUGAACGUCAUCAGGCUGAAAUUCGAAGGGCUGUUAAUGAUGACAAGUUAUCAUUGAUAGCUGAACAAAUAUUUGGGCCAAACACUGAUACUGAAUGGACUGUGGAAGGACGUCGAAUCAUACCUCUCUUUCCAAGGCUGAAAGGUCGUACAGCAUUUACAACCUUUGCUAACAGUUUAUCACUCAGUGCUGCAAUUGCUAAUGAAAGACAAACACAUUUUCCAAGAAAAAAAGAAGUGAAAUUUAAAGGAGGAUCUCACAGUCAGUCAAAAUUUGAUGAAAAAGUACUAAAUCAUAAUGAAAAUACCUUUGUCUCGAGAAAAAGGAAAAGAUCGACUCAUGAGGUUACAGGAUUGAAUAAUGGCACAUAUACGAAUUAUCCAAGUACGAGCCAUAGUUAUAAUAACACAAAAGUUUCAAGUAAUACAAAAAUAUUUUCAGCUUCGCCUUCGUUCAGAGAGCAGUGUCCUGCAACAAGGCAAAGGGUUGAAAUUGACAAAUCGGAAAUUAGCCAUGAAAAUAAGGAAUUUCGAAAAUAUCCCAACUCAUAAUUUGUAUCUACUUUUAGUUAUUUGUAAAAUACCUAUGUAAUAUAAUUUAAUGAAAUAAGGAUUUUAUAAACCUGUUCUGUGAAGUAGAUUAAUAGUGAAUUUAAAAAUUGACAAGGAAUCCCUUGUAUCAUUCUAAAACUGAAUGAUAAAUUUGUGCAUGUAAGGUCAAGAUUUUAUUUUAAUAAGAUUGCAUAAUAAAUGUUAACAUCUUUUUAUAAGA